CCAUCUCUUAAACCCUCCAACCUCCAUUAGCUGGGAGAGCAACAGAAAACUCAGCCAUUUCUCCUCAGGAAAUGGCGGGUCCGUUGUUGCUCCGUUCUCUUUGGUCCGCCGCUCGCAAAUCCCUCUCUUCUUCUUCUCCUCCUCGUCCGCCCUCUUUUCUUAGAAAAGCGUGCCUUUCCCCACGUGCUCCCUUCCUCCUUUCACGCGCCUUCUCCUCCGCCUAUGCCGCCCCGUCCACUGCCGCACCCGCCGACAGCGCCCUUGAUCCGUGCCGGCUACGGAACGUGGCAGUGAUCGCCCACGUCGACCACGGCAAGACCACCCUCAUGGAUCGACUGCUCCGCCAGUGUGGCGCCGACAUACCACACGAGCGUGCCAUGGACUCCAUCAGCCUCGAGCGUGAGCGCGGUAUCACUAUUGCUUCCAAGGUUACAUCCAUUUCGUGGAAGGAGAAUGAGCUAAAUAUGGUCGAUACGCCUGGACAUGCAGAUUUUGGCGGUGAAGUUGAGCGGGUUGUUGGUAUGGUUGAAGGAGCAAUUUUAGUUGUAGAUGCUGGAGAGGGUCCACUUGCACAGACAAAGUUUGUUCUUGCAAAAGCAUUGAAGUAUGGGUUGCGCCCCAUUCUACUUUUAAACAAAGUAGACCGACCUGCAGUUUCUGAGGAGAGGUGCGAUGAAGUUGAAAGUUUGGUUUUUGAUCUUUUUGCAAAUCUUGGUGCUACAGAGGAGCAGCUGGACUUUCCAGUUCUAUAUGCUUCUGCAAAAGAAGGUUGGGCUUCAAUCUCUUUCACCAAAGAUCCUCCUGCUGAUGCAAGGAAUAUGUCACAGUUACUUGAUGCCAUCAUAAAAUAUGUUCCACCACCAACAGCUAGCAUUGAUGCCCCUUUCCAAAUGCUGGUUUCAAUGAUGGAACGAGACUUUUAUCUCGGGCGAAUAUUGACCGGACGCAUUUCUUCUGGAAUUAUUCGUGUUGGUGACAGAGUCCAUGGACUUCGUAAUAAAGAUACUGGAGUUGAGAAAAUUGAAGAAGGAAAGGUGGUUAAACUGAUGAAAAAGAAAGGUACAAGCAUGGUUCCAGUUGAUAGUGCCGGAGCUGGUGAUAUAAUAUCAAUGGCUGGUUUGACAAGUCCAUCAAUAGGCCAUACAGUGGCAAAUGUGGAGGUUAUGAUAGCAUUGCCAAAUGUUGAGUUGGAUCCACCAACCAUUUCUAUGACUUUUGGUGUCAAUGACUCUCCAUUGGCUGGUCGCGAUGGUACCCAUUUGACUGGAGGGAAAAUCGGUGAUCGGCUAAUGGCUGAAGCAGAAACUAAUCUUGCCAUAAAUGUGCUCCCAGGCUUAUCAGAAUCAUAUGAAGUUCAGGGGAGGGGAGAACUUCAACUGGGUAUCUUAAUUGAGAAUAUGAGGCGUGAAGGAUUCGAGUUGUCUGUCUCACCGCCUAAAGUGAUGUAUAAAACUGAAAAUGGUCAAAAGCUUGAGCCAAUCGAAGAAGUCACUAUUGAGGUAAAUGAGGAACAUGUGGGGUUAGUUAUGGAAGCCCUAUCUCAUAGGCGAGCGGAGGUUAUGGACAUGGGUCCUGUCCCAGGAAAUGUUGGCAGGACUAGACUGUCGUUGACCUGUCCAUCAAGGGGCCUAGUUGGGUACAGAAGCGUGUUUAGCACUGAUACACGUGGAACCGGAUUUAUGCAUCGUGCUUUCCUGACCUAUGAAAAAUAUCGGGGUCCACUUGGCAAUGUGCGGAAAGGAGUACUGGUAUCGAUGGGCUAUGGCACAAUCACAUCUUAUGCACUAAUGAGUUUAGAAGCUCGUGGAACUCUCUUUGUGACUCCUGGGUUGGAGACUUAUGAUGGAAUGAUUGUGGGUGAGCAUUCACGGGACACAGAUCUAGAUAUCAAUCCUGUUAGGGCUAAAGAACUUACUAAUGUGCGUGCUGCUGGGAAAGAUGAGAAUGUGAAGCUCUCUCCUCCUCGUCUGAUGACUCUUGAAGAAGCCAUUGGUUAUGUAGCUUCGGAUGAGUUGAUCGAGGUUACACCAAAAUCAAUUCGGUUAAGGAAGAAAUACCUGGAUGUUGGCAAGCGUAAAAGUAUGAGUAAAAAACCAAAGGACUGAAGCAUUUGUCCUUGAUACAGUUUUGUAACCUUACGAUUAUUCAUCAUACUGGUGUACUCUAGCAAAAUCGUUAUUGCUGUGCCUCAAUUUCAGGCGAGGAACACUGAAAUAUUCUUUCAUAAAUGGUGACUAAGGAGAGUCCACGUUGUAUUUAUAAGAAACAAUAAUGGAAAUGAGGUGUUUACUUAA